GAGAAGACACCUCAAGACUGCAACAGAGAGAACAUAAAAAAAAAACCAUAAACUUAAAAAGAAAAAGUUGAGGCUAUAAAGAGAGAACCAAAGGCCAACUUCCUAGCCCGACCAAUCGAAUUUCAACUGAGAUUGAAAAAGCGGAGGCAUCAAACACACACACACACACAGCGAAUCAGAGUGACAGAGUCUCAGAGAGAAGAGAAAGAGAGGCAAAGAGAGCCGGACAGGCCAUACCCAAAUCAAAGCAGCUCUUACUCCGACGACCCAUCUCAAUAAUCUCAUGGCACAGGAAAAGAUGUAUUGCGCCCUUCAAAGAACCGAGAGUGAUACUCAGAAAGUUUCAGAGGAAGGAAAAGAAUCCUUGUCAAGAAAAUUUCAAGAACAAUUUAAUUUCAGCACAUCUUUGGAGGCUUGUGGAGUGCCUUCCCAUGCGUGGAGGAACCCUGAUCGUAGGUGUGCUGUUCUUGCAUUUCUUACCGUUGAAUCUGAUGGACAUUGGAGAAUUCUUGCGUUACCCCUGCCACGUCCUGAUCACAUUAACCACUUGGGAUCUGCAGCUCAUGUAAAUAUGGAUGGUCUCAAUCUGGUUUGCCCACCAUCCAUUAGUUCAUACAAGGCUGAUCAACAAAAUGUGAAGAAAGGACCUCCAGCUGUUGGUACUUGUUCUGUGACAUCAUUUACAGCCAGAAACUUUCCUGGUUCAAAUGUGCGAGGUCAGUCUCGAAACAAGGCCUUGGCAAUUAAAGGAACUAAGUUGAAUGAACUCUCCAGCAAUUCUUCUCGUCGCAGUUCGUUCAUCUGCAGUAAUUCCCCUGGAUUGAACCCAAAUGGCUCAAAGGCCAAUAGUGCAUCUGAUAUUUUUGUUGAUAGUUCUCAACUUGACAAGGCUGUUAAAAGGAAUUCAAGAAAGAAGGCUAGAAAGAAGGGGAAACAAAGUAGGAAGCUUUCAUGUGACUCUGGCCCUACUGAACUUGAAAUUCUCUCUGAGGAAUGUGCCCAUGGAAGUUUGACUUCUGAAACCUGUGGUAAUAAUGAUAUGGAUCAUGGCAAUGGACCAGUAUCUUCGGUUGCACCAGAAGUUUCAUUGCCUAAUGUUAUGGUUGAUGGUAACAGUUUAGAAGGCAGUAGCAAUGGCAUUAUUAGCAAAAAGACGUGCAGCUCUUAUGCUGAUGAGGGGGAUGUAUCAGAAACUAUUGCACCUUCUGCAGUUCAGAAUUAUACUGGGGGACAUCCUGUAUGUAGUUCUGACUAUCCGUAUCAAACCAAAGACUUAUCCGUCUUUGAUGGAGGAGUGGAGGAUACACAUUGCAUACGGAUCAGCCGUUAUGAUGAUACGUAUUCCAAAGGUUUGUCCGAUGCACAUGAGUCCUUAGCGUUGGAUUUAGUUUCCGUUGCUUCAAACAGUGAUGAUGGCAUUCAUGCUAGUCAUGAUGUACAACAAUCUGAAAAGAAAAAUUGCAGAAUCAGUACUGAGCCACCAGGUUUCAACUCCAGUAAGGGAUAUCUCUCUCGUCUAAGCUCAUUAAAUGAUGUUGUGGAUACUUAUGAUCCCAUUGAGAGAAAUAAGCGUGGUAGUCAGGGUAGUAGCUGUAGUGACAUUCAAGUGGUUGUCCCUGGAAAGAGAGGCAAGCAAAACAAGACAGUCUCAAGGAGUUCAAGUGUCUACAGAUUUGGAAGUGUUGGACGUUUUCAUGACCGUACAGGGAAAGAAAACAAUCAUUCUGUUUGGCAAAAGGUUCAGAAGAAUGAUGCCAAUGGAUGCGUUGGUGAGUUGAAGAAAGCUAGUCCAAUUUACUCUCAGUUUGAUGUGACAUUGAAAGAGGCUCCUUUGCUUAAAAGAACUUGUAAUGUUGAAGAGGCUUUGUUAUCAAAAAGUGAGGAUAAGAAACACUUCAAAGAUAAAGCUUCUAGGAAGUUGAAAAGAAAAAAUAGUUCAGCUUUGAAACAAGAAUAUGGAUAUUCCAGGAAGGGUUCUGAUGCUGAUAAGGCCUGCACAAAUGGUUUUGCAAAGAUCUCACCCCAGGUAAGUAAUCAAAAAGGAUUGAUCAGUGUUUCAAGAUCUCAUUCUCAGAUCAAUUUGCAUGAGGCUACGUGCCUGAGCAACAGAGUGGGAUAUAUGACCUCUGAAUCAGUUCACAGCGCACAUGUUUAUCUGGAUGAAUUGGAGCCACUUGGAAGUGUCUGUGGUACUGUUUCUAGUAUCAACAGUCAUCUUAUAGGAAAUCAUGAAUUCUCAUUGCCAAAAUCUUGUGACUCCUUGGAUCAAUCAAAUCUGCUUGAGGUGCAGUCUCCAGUGUACAUUCCUCAUCUUUUAGUGAACGAAGUUGGCCCAGUACAGAAAGAAACUUCUGUUGCAGAAUACAGAAAACAAAACCAUGGUAAUGGAUCUAUUUUGCAGAGAUGGAUACCAAUUGGGGUGAAGGACCGUGGGUUUACAAGUGCUGCUAGAUCAGACUGGUCAUCAUUGGAACAUUCUGAUGUGCCAGCUGCUGAUUUGGAAAACACUGUUGAAGGGAAAAUGUCUUCCAAUUCUCAAAAUAUUUUUUCUUCAUCAACUGCAGGAGUAAUGUGCAUGGGUCAGAAUUCAGGAGAUGUGAGUUCUGCUCUUGAGGAUGAGGGUCAUAGUCAGAAAUUAGGGAAUCAGGGUGCAGGCAUGCUUAAUGAGCAUGAUAACAAGCAUGUUGCGGCUAACUUCUUCACUGUCAAAUCAACAUAUCAACAUCCAUUGGAAACCAACUCGUGCACGAUAGGACGAGCAGCAAAUGAUGCCUGUAGGGUACAAUUGGCAUCUGAAGCUAUUCAAAUGGCCACCGGUGGUCCAAUUGCUGAAUUUGAAAGACUUCUUGAUCUUUCUUCUCCAACGGUUAGUGCAUCUUCCAGUUUCACAAGCUGUCAAACAUGCUUGAGGGACCAGGAUGGGGGUGUGUUGCUUUGCAGACACGAGAUACCUAAUGUCCCUUUGGGAUGCCUGUGGCAGUGGUAUGAGAAACAUGGGAGCUACGGAUUAGAAAUAAGGGCAGAGGAUUUUGAUAAUUCCAAGAGAUUGGGUGUUGAUGGUUUUGCCUUUCGUGCUUAUUUUGUCCCAUUUCUGUCAGCGGUUCAGCUGUUCAGAGACUGUAGAAGUUAUCCGGUGGAUACUAGCAAAGAUAUUCCUAGUUUUGAGGUUCCAGAGGCAUGCAAGACAAGUGAAACAUCAGAAAAAGCUUCUAAUGUGGACCACCUUCCAAUUUUUUCGGUACUUUUUCCGCAGCCUCGCACAAAAGAUGAAAGUGGUCCACAGCUUGGAAAUCAGGUGUGUGGUUCAGAACAAUCUCCAGCGUCAGGAAAAGAUGAUGCAUCUGUUCAAUCAGUUGAUAUGAAAUGUUCCAGUGAUUUUGAGCUGCUUUUUGAAUAUUUUGAGUCUGAACAACCCCAGCAGAGACGGCCCUUGUAUGAGAAGAUUAGGGAGCUGGUUAGAGAAGGACCUUCCCAUUGCAAAGCAUAUGGGGAUUCAACUAAACUAGAGUCCAUAAAUCUACAUGAUCUGCAUCCAUGUUCCUGGUACUCGGUUGCAUGGUAUCCAAUCUAUAGGAUUCCGGAUGGCAACUUUCGUGCAGCAUUUUUGACUUACCACUCACUUGGCCAUAUGGUUCGUAGAAGUGCCAAAUUUGACAUCUCAAAUGCAGAUGCUUGUAUAGUAUCUCCUGUUGUGGGUCUUCAGAGUUACAAUGCUCAGGGUGAAUGCUGGUUCCAGCUGAGGCAGUCUGUGCUGAGCCGGACAGCAGAAACCCCAGGCUUAAACCCCUCUGUAAUCCUGAAGGAGCGGUUGAGGACACUUGAGGAGACAGCAUCUCUCAUGUCAAGAUCUGUUGUUAACAAAGGUAAUCUGACAUCUGCAAACAGGCAUCCUGAUUAUGAGUUCUUCCUCUCUAGGCGACGCUAGCGACCCUUUCCAAUUUUUCAUCCAGUAAUUUCUUCUGUUUUUCUAAUAAUGCUCUGGCUACAUUUAGAUGUGAUCUAACCCCAAGAAGGGAGUGAAAAAGGUUGAUCCUGUUCUGUUUGUAUUCUUGAUCUUUUUCUACUUUCCCAGUGGAGCGUAUUGCAGAUGUAUAUAGUUCAUGUGGGUAUCUUUUUUGUUUACUACCCUUCCUCUAAAGGAAAUGUAAAUCUCUGGAUUCUUGGACAAAACAAUUUGUAGUACUGAUUCUGAUUAUGCAACUUCUUCAUACUGUAAA